AUGCACACAUUUCUAAUGCGCCUAUCUAGAUGAGCAGCUCAGCCAACUGAUGGAUGUGAUCCUUCGCAUCUUGGACACCUCGACACUCCCAAGCAACACACCUCGAAAGACUUAUGGUCUGGCACUUGCUAUCCUACAGGUCCAAAGACUCCCAGAGCGCAUCCUCGGCCCUUUCGUAGGGCGCAUCUCGUCGGCCAUCCGACGAGGCCUUGACGGCGAAUACGGAAGAGAGGGGAAGAAAGGACCUGCAUGGGAAUCGCUUGGAGCCUUGCAGACCCUGGCUGACGGGGAGAUUAUUGCCUUUCACGAGCAUUUCCCCCAAUUGUUUAACUCAUUACUUUCUUACCUUGUUUCACCUUGCUCAACAUCCCUUCGACUCAAGGCAGCUAUUGCGCUCGGUGCUCUGGGUCACUACUCUCUUUUGCAUAGAAUUGAGGGAUUGGUUGUACCCGUAAUGAGAGCUAGUGCGGCUCUUUCCCCCGUCCUCACUACUGCGUUCCAAAAGGGAGGUCUGGAAGGGGCUUGGGCCGUCACCGUCCUUGCAGCGAUUGUGGCCCUGACUGGUUACCAAUUUCAUCUCAGCCGAAAAUGGAUGAAGACUUUCAUGCACUGUUCUCAGACUGGCUUAAAUGCAAAGAAGGAUGUUGGUAUGAAGUUUGCAUCACGAGCUUUAUGGUGUUUCUUGUUGUGGGCUUGGGAAGAUGGACACGCACAAGGAAUCGAGGGUUUUCAGGCAAAUGACGACACUGGCCUAAUGAUUCGACAAGCCAAACGCACACAAGAAGGAAAUAUCGCUCCGGUAGUGCAGGCGCCCUUACUGCAACGUCCGAUGGGAGCCUCACUAGUUGCGGCGUUCAUUGGUGACGGUUCUGAUCAGGAAGCCGUUGCGACUGGCAUCUCGGUUCUCCACGAAAUGUUCGUCAAUCACUCACCCCUGAACAUCGAGCUUCUCUUCCGCUUGCUGGCCUUUUUCGUCAAAACUGGCGAUGAGAGGAUCGACCUGAAGAUUGGUGAAAGUGAUGUACCGUGGAAGUACAGCAAGCUGGUUUGCACCCCCAUUCUCAAUGGUUCCCUCAUUGCAAAUGCAGAUAUGAACUCUUUUAUACAAUCCGCCAAGGACAUGUUGUCGGAUGACGCUAAUGGUUCCAUUCGGUUAGCAGAUGUACGCCCCCUGGAUGGCGAGGAAGUCACCACCCAUUGGGACAAGUUAAUGCGUUGUUGGGACACCAUGUUCAAACAAGGGCUGGCGUUGAGUGACUCCAGUAUUCAGUCUACAUGCCAUAAGUUAUGGGUUGCAUUGGUUAAGGCCCGGGUCUCGGCAGCUAGCACUCUGGUGGAACGCAAGGCUCUCUCGCGAUCGAUGGUUGACAGAAUCGCAUCUUUUCUUGAGAAGUCACCGUCUGAGUGGGCCCCAGAAUCUGCAUUAUCCAUCGGCGCUAGUCAGUGCUCGAUAUCAGCGGCUAGCGCAAUGUUCAGCGCUCUUGUGCAUGAGGCAGAUAGCGAAAAAUCGUUUCCUAGUUUUCCUAUGGAUCUACUCGACAGGGUGGUCCAGACGAACGUCAGCCUCAGUACUCCCGAGAUCAGAACUCUGUGGCGAGACUUUAUUGUGGGUAUUGUCCGCGUCGGGUCGGAGGAUUCUGCGUUUUUUGAGUUUCUCCGCAACCGCGUCCUUGCCGAAAACUGCGCUAGACGUGCCCCGCCGCAGUCCGGUGCAGUUCAAAAAGCCGUCUGGGGAAGUGUGUGGGACUGCGCGGUGUUCCUCGUGACCCAGACUCCGUUGGCCGAACUCAGCGUCAAGUGGGAGGACAUUGUAUUGUUGACGCAGUGUAUUCCGUUUUCUGACGCCGAUCCGAAUGUUGAGUGGAGCAUCAUUGAAGCCCGUUGGAACACAAUCAUUCAAGCCGCAGUCGAACGUUGCGAUCUAAUCAAUGUUUCGCGGGCCUGUCUAAUCGAGAAAGCCGUCUCUUGCAUCUCGCAUCAACGCAUAGGGUUACGUGGGUCAAUGAAAGCGUUGUCUCUUCUAUUUUCACUUCUGGAGAAUAACGAAAAACGUACCCUGGACGCGUGUAAAGAUGAAGACAGGACCCAAGGACUCUAUGAUUUGUUCAACAAGCUCGCAGGAGGGGAUGCACUGACGACAGCUUCCUUGGUUCCCGAAGGCUCAAGACAUCUGGAAGCUGUUCUAGACUGUAUUUCAGUCAUUGAAAGAGUUGUGCGAACAACUCCUCCAAAGUUUGUGGUAUCUAGACUGUGUAAUUUGCAACCUGGGCUUCUCCCAUGGCUGCGCGAUGAGCAUGCAGUUCUCACGGAACUCCAAUAUAACACUGUGGUAAGUCAAUUCGGAGCCCUGGGACGUGCUGUCACCUAUUUAACCAAUGACACAGAUUGCCAACUUCUACUCCACAUCUUUGGAGGCGCUACUAGAUGCUGAAUCAUCAGCCACAAUAUUGCACAAAAUCACUCCGUUCCUCGUGUCAGGAUUUGUGCGCUUGCCACCCCCGCUUCUCUGUCCCAAUGCCUUCGAAUCUUUUUGGACCGCAAAAUAUAAGCCUAUUACGGACGAGCUAACCAGGGAAGGGUACCAGUAUCCGGAAGAGUUGAAGGUUUGCCUGCGCUACUUUAUAUAUAGCGGUUCGGAACAUGAAUCGUUCGCUGUCGGGUUAUCUGCGGGUAUCGAGAGUAUCGAUGAGGAGUCAUUCGUCCCUGAGAGCGUGAAUGUUGAGGCCCCAACACGCUCGAGCCCCGAUCACUCUUCCUUGGUUGCUGAUGACGCUGAACGAAU